AUGGCCGCCACGCCGUCUAUACGGCAAUUCACCACCUGCCUGAGGUGCGUGCGACAGCUGCCCAGCGCCAAUGGCACGCGCCGCCUGCUCUCGACCUCGGCCGUGGCCCGUGAAGAGUUGCACACGCCCUCCGCGAAUGCGACUCCGCCUCCCCCGCCGUCAAACCCCCCCGAAGGCGCCGCCCAGAAGGCUCCCGCCCCAGCAGUGCCCGAGUAUAUGCAGAAAUGGGGCACGCUAGACCCCCAGAUGGUGGAGAACAAGAAGCAGGAGCGCCGAUUGCUGCGGCGAGAACAUGCCCUGCCAGUGGGAUCUCGCCGUCGUCGUGCUGUCCUUCGUCGUUCUGCUCUCCAAAAGACGCCGGAAAUCCCCUUUGAACAGCUGCCGUACCAGUGCUUCCAGGAGGCCAGGAAGUUCUUGUUGGAGGACCGGCAGGAGAAGAUCAAGGAGAUUGAGACGCAGCAGCUGCGCAUCAAGAACUUGAUGGCCCAAGAUCCCAGUGUCAGUGGUGGCCCCGCGGCCAAGGAGCACAGGUUACGGAGCAUGAGGAAGCAUUUGAAUGAGCUGAUCAUUCUGGCCGACAUCAACGACCCGGUGGUCAAGAAAAGAUUUGAAGAUGGACAGGGCGACAUGAACAAGCCCAUCUACCGCUAUCUUGCCGACAAGAAGUGGCGGCAGUACAAGCGCCUCGUUCUGGAGCAGCGUGUCACACAAUUGGCCAUUAUCCCGGAUCUUCUUCCGUCCCUGGACCUCGUAGCAGACAUUGACCUCGGAUUUGGAAGGAAGACGAUCCCACCAGGUGAAUUCGUCGACUCUGCCAUCAGCGAGAAGCUGCCCCGACUCAAUGUGCAGACAUUUACUCCCGGAGAGAAGCUUGUCACAGUUGUCGUAGUAGACGCAGACGUGCCUGUCCCGGAGACUGACAGCUUUACCUACCGAUGCCAUCUGAUUGCCUCCAACAUUACCAUCUCCCCCAACAACACAUCCAUACCGCUUCAGCGCAUUGCGCAGGACGACCAGAAGACGGAGGACCCAAGCGCCAAGAAGAUUGCGCUGCCCUGGAUUGCUCCCUGGGCUCACAAGGGUGCACCAUACCACCGCCUGGGAAUUUUCGUAUUGGAGCAGAAUGCUGGCCAGCAACUUGACGUGACCAAAUUCAACACAGUCAAGCGCAUGGGGUUCAAUCUGCGCAGUUUUGUCGACACAAACAAGCUGAAGCCGAUCACUGCCACCCUUUUCAGGACCAAGUGGGAUGAGAGCAUGGCAGGCGUCAUGGAGCGCGCUGGUCUCAAGAGUCAGAUCGACGUGGAAUUCAAGAGAAAGAAGGUCGAGCCACUGCCAUACAAGAGGCGGACAGAACGCAUGCGAUGAGCGAGCUCAAGCCGAAGAGCAUGUGCACGAUGUAAAGUCUUAUGUGUAUUAUAUACUAUUGUAUAUGGAAUGAUGGAGGUUUGGCGGCUGCUUGAGUUAUGCGGGUAGUAGGCAUGCGUGAGGAUACGCUAGGUUGUUCCUUCCUGCAUUCUCUCACCUUCCCGUCUCAACCUGGCAGUGCCAACAUCACCAACGGCAGCAUCUCUCAAACAUACUGCAAC